UUCCUCUCAGUUGGCUCAGUGCUGUCGUCGGGUUAAUGCGUGUCAGGGGAUUUUGAUAGUGAUUUUGUGGAAAUCUAACGCUCAGUCGUCAAGAGCACAGGAUAACUAUACGGUAUUUCUCAGACGCCGUGCAGAAGACCGAGGGAAAGUGGACUCUCAAACGCUGGAUGUUAGCUGUGAUUAGGAUGAUCCCGGAGGAGAGUUAUGGAUUACCAGAUAAGAGAUGCAGGACACCGCGAACGGCCAGGAGGCCGCAAAAUCAAGAGGAGGAGAUGGUACAAGACAGGCCAGGUCUUUUAGGUGAACCUAGGACUCCUAUCCAGACUCAGCCAUUCACUUCCAGAUACACCAUAUCACCAGGACAUGAACUGGGCAGGGGGAAGUUUGCUGUAGUAAGGAAGUGUGUGGAAAAAGAUACAGAGAAAGAGUUUGCAGCGAAGAUCUUGCGGAAACGAAGGAAGGGGCAAGAUUGCCGCAUGGAAAUCCUACAUGAGAUUGCCGUGCUGGAGUUGGCUAGAGAUAGUCCUUGGGUAAUCAAGCUGCAUGAGGUCUAUGAGACGGCUUCUGAGAUGAUCCUAGUACUGGAAUAUGCUGCUGGGGGCGAAAUUUUUAACCAGUGUGUAGCUGAAAGCGAAGAGGCCUUCAAAGAAAAGGAUGUCCAGAGGCUGAUGAGGCAGAUCUUAAAAGGAGUCUCCUUUUUACACAGGCACAAUGUGGUCCAUCUUGACCUAAAGCCUCAAAAUAUUCUUCUGACCAGCGACUCUCCACUUGGGGACAUAAAAAUAGUAGAUUUUGGCAUUUCCAGAAUAAUGAACAACAAAGAGCUGAGGGAAAUUAUAGGAACACCAGAAUACGUAGCUCCUGAAAUUCUGAAUUACGAACCAAUCAGCACUGCAACGGACAUGUGGAGUAUCGGCGUCUUGGCGUAUGUAAUGCUCACAGGCACCUCCCCCUUCUUGGGCGAUGACAAGCAGCAAACAUUCCUCAAUAUUUCUCAGCUGAAUAUCAAUUACACAGAUGAUGAAUUCGAUGGCAUAUCUGAGUCUGCUAUUGACUUCAUCAAAGCACUUCUAGUUCGAGAACCAGAAGGCCGAGCAACAGCAGAGGAAUGUCUUCAGCAUCCUUGGUUAGCUCAUGGUGACCUUCCAGACCCAUUUGGUAGCGCUAUGAAUGCAGCACAGGAAAACAACUCUGCAAUCCAAGAAGAGGAGGAGGACUUUAACCCUGAUCAUUCUGCUGAAGCCAGCACAACCCAGCAAGGGCUAGAGGAACAGACUGUGACUGAGGAGCUGAUUGUAAUGGCUUCUUAUACUUUGGGACAGUGCAGACAAACUGAAAUGGAGAAACAGACUGAAUCUACGGCCAUUACCAAACGCUUUAAGUUUGAGGAGCCCAUAUUGCAAGAAAUACCUGGAGAUUUUAUCUACUAAGCUCUAGAAGCUGGGACUUAAUGACUGUGUUAGAGAUUAAAGGAUUUUUUUUUAUUGGAACUUUAAGCCUCUUGAUAAACCAGUAGCCAAAUGUCAACAUGCUGAUAAGAGAGCCGCUGGUUGUCAUGGCAAAAUGAAUACGAUUCAGCAGUGCCAUGUUAAUCUUACAUAUGAACAAGGUCUGUACACAUGUACGUUUUUAGGUUUAUUUUGGUUUAGUCCCUCAAAACAUGUUGUGCUAUUAAGUCACGCUGUAAUGGGUUUUCUUAGGUUCGCUAAUCAGUUUCGCAAUGCAUUGGCCAGAGGUAGACAAUUUUUUUUUUUUUUUUUUUUUUUUUAUGGAAUUGGCCAAAAACUUUGACAGAAAUUCUUGAGUAAAAUAUAAUGAAUAAAAAAAAUCAAGAUCUCACUGAAAUAUUGCAACAGUUCUCAAGCUAGCAAGUGUUAUGGUGUUAAGAUCAUACAAAUGACAUAAAGGCACCAUGUUUUUAGUAUAGUGUAUACAAAUCCCAAGCUGCAAUCCACAUUUAUAAAUGAUAAAACAAUUAGAAAGGCUGUUUUCUGAGCAUGUUAAAGAAAACUUGAUAAAGUUAUUUGAUGUAUGAGGUGACAUUACUAUAGUUGCAACAUUUGCAUACUGAAUGUCCGUGGAACCUGUGCCAAACUAGCCAUCUCUGGAGCCAUAUAAUAGAUCAGCUGAACAUGUUUCAGAUUUCAUACUUUUUUGUCCCUGUGUAAAAUUUAUAGUGUUAGAAAAUUUUUUUUUUCUUUGUCUGACCCAAUAAAUGCAUAAUUUGCACCAUUAUAUUUUGGUGUGAAAAGUGUUGCAAUAUGAGUUGUUUAACUAUUGAGACCCUCUUCCAGUAACAAUAUUUUUGAGGAAGUUACCUGCAGCGUGCAAAAAUAUAUAGGUCACUAUGUUAACUUGCCCUGUGUCCGUAAAGACUGUAGCAUAACUGAUAACUAUAUUGGAAGCUAAGCUUUCAACAUCUAGAUAAGCUAAGAUAAAAAAAAAACUGCACUAUUUUGGCUUAAUUUUACAGAGCUUAAUUAUUAUAAUGUAUAAUGAUGUGGAGCAUACACAAAAAAACUAGUAUUUUGUGCUCUGGGAAGUCUUGUAAAUGUACUUAUUUAUGUUUAAAUGUUGGUAUAGGACAUCCUAUGGGAAAGAUCUUUCCGUUUUAGUAGUUUAAAGAAAAAAGGAUGUUAUAAAAGUGCUUAUAAAGUGCCUUUCAUGGAUCCACUCUUACCUAACUAGCCUCAAUUGUUAGGCAUAACAGCCUUUUAUGUCAACAACUGCUUUUAGUGAGACUGAAGGUUUGAGGUGUUAAAUUGUUUAGAAGCUAAAAUAUGUGGUGAUUGCAUUCAAAGUAUUUGCAUUUGGAUAAUAUCCAUAUUUCACACCUUCGCCCAUGAUAGUCUGGUCAGAACCAUUUUAUGUUAAUUGUGUUUUUGUUUACCUUUUGUAUUCAUUUAGGUAACAUAUUUCACAAAAUGGUCCUAAUUAACUUAAGAAUGCACAGCAGUAUUUAUUGAACGUUCCAACUGCAGAUAGCAGAGCAAAUAAUUUGCUGACAAAGACAAAUUGACUGUGUCUUUAUGCUAUGGUCUUUACUUAAAUGCCACAGCAGGGGGUUUAUGGUAUUUAUAUAUACAAAACUCUUAAAGGGACAUCAAACCCACGUUGUUUUUUUUUUUUUUCUUUCGUGACUUAGAAAGUGCAUGUAAUUUUAAACAACUUUCUAAAUUACUUCUAUUAUCUAAUUUGCUUCAUUCUCUUGAUAUCACUUGCUGAAAAGCAUAUCUAGAUAUGCUCAGCUGCUUAUUGGUUGCUGCACAUAGAGGCCUCGUUUGAUUGGCUCACGCAUGUGUAUUGCUAUUUCUUCAACAAAGGAUAUCUAAAAAAUUUAGCAAAUUAGAUAAUAGAAGUAAAUUGGAAAGUUGUUUAAAAUGACAUGCCCUAUCUGAAUCAUGAAAGUUUAAUUUUGACUAGACUGUCCCUUUAAAUAUCAAAAGAAUCAAAUUGAGUUCUUUUAUAAUUACAUUGUAGAUAGCAGAAAUACCUAAUAUUUGAUGUAAAAAAGGAUGUUUAAUAUUGCCAGAAACUGGAUUUUUUUAUUAACAUUUUAUUUGUAAAGUUAUUUUUCUAUUCAACAAAAUACAUUUUAUGAUUUUUUUUUUUUCUGUUAACAAAAUGCAGGCUUGGUAAAGUAAUUUUGGUUUAACAUCUUGGUAUACAGCUCAGAUUAUUUUCAAUAUUAGCUUAAAUAUCUGAUUUACAUUUUUAAAGGAACAGUAAAGUCAAAAUUAAACUUUCAUGAUUCAGAUAGAGCAUGCAAUUUUAAAUAACUUUCCAAUUUACUUCUGUCAAAUUUGCUUUGUUCUCUUGGCAUCUUUUAUUGAAGAGAAAAACCAGGUAGGCUCAUAAGAGCUCAGGAGUGUGCAUGUGUCUUUAGUACUCUAAACAAUGUUGCAAAACACUGCUGCCAAAUGUGCACACUCCUGAGCUCUUAUGAGCCUACCAAAUUUUUUUCUUCAAUAAGAUACCAAGAGAAUGAAGCAAGUUUGAUAACCAAAGAAAACUGGAAAAUUGUUUAAAAUGGCAUACUCUAUCUCAAUCAUCAACGUUUAAUUUUGAUUUUACUGUCCCUUUUUAAUGCCUACUUUUCUUCUACAAAACAUGGAAAGGUAUAUGAAAUUGCUUACAAUAGACCAAUUUUUUUUCCUGAUUAAGUUGUAAUGUUUGAAGGCUUCUGAUUGUAAAAUGGGGAUAAAAUAGAUAGUUUCCCCAGGUAGCAUGUACACACUUUACUAAAAGCAUUUAUUUAAUCUUGUGUUUGUAUUCUGUAACAACAAAAACAGAAUCGGCCCCUUGUUCUGAAUGGAAAACAGGAUUUAUUUAUUUUUUGCAAACCGUAAAACAAAAAAUUUGAUAUAAAACUUAUAAUUUCAAAAAACAUCUCUCAACAUCUUAAAGUGAAUGUAAAGUUUUAUCAAGUAUUGCCGGUUUUUAAAAAUACUAUUAAAAAGAGGGGCACUUUCAUUGAUGAAACUUUACAUUGCACCAUAUUUUGUAGAAAUACUUACCUCUUCGUCUUGAUAGCCGAUCCAGCGUUUCGGCAGCUCGUCGAAAGCCUCUUCCUAUGUAAGCAAUGCCGAUUCCGGCAUCCUCCAAUCACGGCUUCCCCCCGGGGAAGCAUUGCCUAAAGCAACGCCGUGAUUGGAGGAAGGCCGGAAUCGUCAUUUCUGACAUAGGAAGAGGCUUGCGACGGGCUGGCGAAGCGCUGGAGCGGCUUUCAAGAUGAAGAGGUAUUUCUACAAAUAUGGUGCAAUGUAAAGUUUCAUCAAUGAAAGUGCCCCUGUUUUUAAUAGUAUUUUUAAAAACCGGGCACUACUUGAUGAAACUUUACAUUCACUUUAAGUGUUUUGUAUGGGCUAAGCACACACCAGGGACACUAAGCAAACUUUAAUAAAGAUACUAACUGAAGUAUUUUUAUCCUGCAUUACAUUGGAAAUCUGUAAACAUACUCCUGAUAAAGUUGUGAAUAGUCUGCAUUCCAGAGGGUGAGUUUUUUGCUUUGUCUUUCAAAGGUUUUUGUGGGAAACAUUUUUUCUUCUUAGUCUCAUCUGGUUUGUCAUCUAUCGCUUUUUUUUUUCUCUCUUUGGUUGCGUUUUCUUGGCAGUGUCAAGCCUUGAUCUUUCAUAGAACAUCUGGACCUUAAAGUCUUCUCAUUCCUACAUUUACUGUUGACAAUAUACAAUUUUGGUUGUAGGCAUUUCCUGUAAGAGCUCUCUUUUUGAACGACACUUUAUCAUAUGCAUCAGCAGUCACAUUCAUUAAGUUAUAGGUCACACGUUUGUUUUGGUGGCGAAAAAUAAAAUAAGCAGAUUGUAAGUGCCUAUCAACAGCAUCAUUUCCCAUACAAAAUAAGUAUAUUUGCUACCACUAUUGUGGACUCCACAUUUGUAAUGUUUUGUAUUGGUUAAAAACUAUUCAGACUGCAAGUUAAAAGAACAUGAUACCCAAAUGUUGAAACACUUGAAAGUGAUGCAGCAUAGCUGUAAAAAGCUGACUAGAAAAUAUCACCUGAACAUUUCUAUGUAAAAAAGGAAGUUAUUUUACCUCAAUUUCCUAAGUAUUCACACCCAAAUAUAAAGAGAUACUAGUCCCAGGACUUGCAAGGGAGCGUACAUCUGGCAUGUACAGGCACAGUUAUGUUAUUUCCCUAUUCAGUUUAACAGAGUUUACUAUGAAAUCUCAUGAGAUCAAAGCAUAGCAUGACUUCAGCACUGCUGACGCUGAUUGGCUAUUGGUGUUUUUUUAUUUUUCUCAACUUAUAGCUGGACAGUAGCUGAAGUAUAACUGUUACCAGAGCACUUACUCUUGUAAGCUGAAGACAUUUUGAGGUAAAAUAUCUUCCACAUAGAGAUAUUCAGGUGAUAUUUUCUUGUCGGCUUUUUAGUUAUGCUGUAUAACUUUCAAGUGAUUUUAGCAUGUGGGUAUUAUGUCCCUUUAAGUAUGUUCACAAAGUUCCGCAUUCACCAUCUCCCUACCAGCUUGUAACCAUUCCUUUCAUAUGCUGCAGUCGUCUGCGACAAAUUGCCGCACUGUCAUUCCUAAAUUAUUUUAAGGAAAGCUUAGAGGACAUACAGUAUAUUAGCGGAAGUUGGGGUAGUAUACAAAGGAAAUGGUUAUUGCAAACUUUGUAGUGAUUAUCUCUGUAAGUUCAUAGGAAAAACAAAACUAAGUUUCCCAAGUGAACAGUUUUCCUUCUUGCUAUACAAGAGUUUGAGCUGUAAGUAUCUGGUUCCUUUUGCUAACUUAAAUAGAAAUGGGAAUAAAGUUUAUUUACUCUAUUUUGUUACAAGGCCAUUUUUUAUUGGCUGCGCUAAGACCUGUGAUGUUUUUGAUUUUUUUUUUUUUUGAUGUUUCUUUGUGCCUUUAAUAAGAUUUUUUUCUUAUUUGUACAGUAAUUUUAAAUCAGAACUGCUGAUUUUGUAUAGAUAUUAAAGUCUAAAGGUUUGCAAGUUAAAAACAAACUGUUAAUAAACUCUGUAUACUCCUUUAUUACUGGAAAAAAAUAAAAGAAAUGUUUCUACUGAUGUAUUUUUGCAAGUAUAAAAUAAAAACAGGUACAUUCAGUUCUGAAAA